AUGGCCGCCGCUAAUCUAACUUCUCAAACCCUCAGACUCCCCACACCAACCUCCCUCUCUCUCUCCUCCAAACUUCCUCUCUCCUCCUUCUCCCUCCCCCUCCCUUCCCACCGCCGCCGCUCUCUAGUCGUCUUCGUCUCCGCCGACGCCAAACCCACCGUCCUCGUCGCGGAAAAGCUUGGCGAAGCCGGUCUCACUCUUCUCAAAGACUUCGCCAACGUGGACUGCUCCUACAAUCUCAGCCCCGAGGAGCUUUGCACUAAGAUCUCGCUCUGUGACGCUCUCGUCGUCAGAAGUGGUACAAAAGUCUCCCGUGAAGUGUUUGAGUCCUCCGGCGGUAGGCUUAAGGUAGUGGGAAGAGCUGGCGUUGGAAUCGAUAACGUGGAUCUGGCGGCUGCCACUGAACAUGGUUGCUUGGUUGUUAAUGCUCCCACUGCGAAUACUGUUGCUGCCGCGGAGCACGGGAUCGCUCUCUUGGCUUCCAUGGCUAGAAAUGUUGCUCAGGCUGAUGCUUCUAUUAAAGCUGGGAAAUGGUUGAGAAAUAAGUAUGUUGGGGUUUCCCUUGUUGGGAAGACACUUGCUGUACUGGGAUUUGGGAAGGUUGGUACUGAAGUUGCUAGGCGUGCUAAGGGGCUUGGUAUGAAUGUUAUUGCUCAUGAUCCUUAUGCUCCUGCUGACCGUGCGCGUGCUAUUGGUGUGGAGCUUGUGAGCUUUGAUGAUGCUAUUGCUACUGCUGAUUUUAUAUCUUUGCAUAUGCCGCUUACGCCUGCUACCUCGAAGAUGCUUAAUGAUGAGACCUUUGCUAAGAUGAAGAAAGGUGUUAGGAUUGUUAAUGUUGCUCGUGGUGGAGUCAUUGAUGAGGAUGCGCUUGUUAGAGCGUUGGAUUCUGGAAUUGUAGCUCAGGCGGCUCUUGAUGUUUUCACGGUGGAACCACCCCCCAAAGACAGCAAGUUGGUCUUACAUGAGCUAGUUACCGCAACACCUCAUCUAGGUGCCAGUACUAUGGAAGCUCAGGAAGGUGUGGCUAUUGAAAUAGCAGAAGCUGUUGUUGGGGCGUUGAAAGGGGAGCUUGCUGCUACUGCAGUCAAUGCACCAAUGGUUCCCUCAGAGGUGUUAACUGAGCUAAAACCAUUUGUUGUUCUUGCUGAGAAACUGGGGAGGCUGGCUGUGCAACUGGUUGCAGGAGGAAGUGGUGUAAAAUCAGUGAAAGUGACUUAUGCUUCUGCUAGGGCCCCGGAUGAUCUUGAUACUCGUCUUCUCCGUGCUAUGAUAACAAAGGGUCUGAUUGAGCCCAUAUCCAGCGUUUUCGUGAACUUAGUUAACGCCGACUUCACUGCUAAACAAAGAGGGAUAAGAAUAACCGAGGAGCGAGUUAUUCUUGACGGUUCACCUGAGAAUCCACUUGAAUUCAUCCAGGUCCAGAUUGCUAAUGUGGAAUCUCGUUUUGCCAGCGCCAUAUCUGAUUCAGGGGAUGUUACAGUUGAGGGUCGUGUGAAAGAUGGUGUCCCUCAUCUUACAAAGGUUGGAUCUUUUGAAGUUGAUGUAAGUUUGGAAGGUAGCAUCAUUCUCUGCAGUCAGGUAGAUCAACCAGGUAUGAUUGGAAAGGUGGGAAGCAUUUUGGGUGAAGAGAAUGUGAAUGUCAGCUUCAUGAGUGUCGGAAGAAUUGCUCCAAGGAAGCAAGCUGUGAUGGCGAUUGGAGUUGAUGAACAACCCCGCAAAGAAAGUUUGAAAAGGAUUGGAGAUAUUCCGGCUAUCGAAGAAUUUGUUUUCCUCAAGUUGUAA